CUGGUUACCAAAUUUACUCAGCGUGGGGCAGCGCUCGCAGGUUGACGCGGGGAGAAGGAGCAGGAGGCCAUGGCUCAGGAGACGUCGGUUCGCCCAGAUCUUCACCUGCACUAUGUGCAGGCCUGUCAAAAAUCGGGCCAGCCUGAAAACCCCUUCGUUGCUCAUGUGCUUCAAGAAGCUGACAAAAAAGAUGAAAUUAGAUGUACGAAAGGGAUCACAUUAAAAAUAGCUGGAAAUAAUCACCCAGUGCCUGUGCAGAAAGUUACAGAUGAUGAUCUUGGAGUUCUUACCUCUGUCUUACGCCACGCUGCAUUUGUCAAAGGUUUGGAUCUUGCUUAUAAUGUAUUGACUGAUGCUGGAGCAAAGACCAUGGCAACAUUCCUCCAGGAGAACUCCUCUCUGCAGUACCUGAACCUCAUGUUUAAUGAUGUUGGCACAAGUGGGGCAGAGCUGAUAGCGGGAGCACUUCAUAGGAAUAGAAGUCUUGUGCACAUGAGAAUGACUGGAAACAAAAUAGGAAACCAAGGUGGGAUGUUCUUUGCUUCAAUGCUGCAAAGUAACUCAACCUUGCAGAAGUUGGAUCUUGGAGACUGUGAUCUGGGCCUGAAGUGUCUGAUAGCAAUAGCCACAGCCCUGACUCAGAACAAAUCCCUCAGAGCAAUAAACCUAAAUCGUCCCUUACUGUACAGCCAAGAGGAAGAGACCACAGUCCAUAUAGCUAAGAUGUUGAAGGGCAACUCUUCUCUCGUGGAGCUGCACUUGAGCAAGCAUGAAAUGAAAAACUUUGGUGUAGAGCGUCUGUGUGAGGCCCUGUAUGAAAACUCCAGCCUGAGAUACCUUGACCUCAGCUGUAAUAAAAUAACCUCUGAUGGUGUAAAAUUUUUGGGAGAGCUGCUAAAACGGAACCAAAGCCUGGUAAUCCUGGAUCUGAAUGCCAACAGAAUAGAAGAUGUUGGAGCCACGUACCUGAGUGAAGCCUUGUCUGUGCACAACAGGACUCUGCAGGCGUUGUCAGUAGUAAGCUGCAGUAUAAGUGGCAAAGGACUUACAGCUCUUUCAAAUGCAAUCAAAGCAAACAUGAUACUUUCCUAUAUAUACAUCUGGGGGAACACAUUUGAUGAAGAGGCUUGUAUGAAGUGACUCCAUUUAUGCUCCUAAAUAGAAAAAAGUCAUCAAACAGAGUCAUGGAUUAUCCUGCUCUCCUAUCUAUGAGAUCCAAGUAUGAGGAGAAAAAGCUAAGGAAGUAAUUUUACCAAUAACAGCUGAGAACCAGCAAUGCAACUGCUGCUGUUCUGACUCUGUAUUAUCACAGUGGGAGAUGCACUGACACCCCUUCCCCAGCUGAAAUGACCAAGGCAGUUGUGAGAGCUGUGCGUGUAUGUGGAGGUUUUUUGCUGUUUGAUUGCUUUUUUUUCUCAUUGUCCCUUGCCUCCACCCCCACACACAAGUGAGUCAGGCUCUGUUGCUCCAAAAAGCACCUGAUAUCACAAGAGGCCUUAGAGGUAAGCCCAGAGCAGGUAUGUUUGUCCUACACACCUGCACAGGGCCCUCCUGACCUGCAGCCCCUGUGUUAGGCACAAAGUCCAUGUGUCACACACUGUGAACACCCUGUUUUAGAGGGGAGCUUAUAUUUUAACUAUUGUUAAACGGGAAGGACGGAGCAACGAGAACAAAAGCUGAGGAUACACUGGACGUGGUUGGUUGAGGAGAAUCUGCAAGCUGUGAACAUUUCUAAGUUUUUAAACAAUUAGAUAAGCCUGGAUUGGUAUUUUUCCCAGUGUUGCUGCUCUGGGACAUAGCAGGUUACACUCCAAUAGUCUACAGAGAGCCCUCUCAUUACUGAGACACUGGUGACAGAAUUUCUUGUCAGAAGGACCACUAAAAGACUCAG